AUGAGAUUAUCGGUACAAUUGUUGGAACUAAUGGACCUGGAGAACGUAAAAGGUCGGGGAAUGAUGUUUGAGAUGUGGCCGCCAACACUAGCAUAUCACCAUGCACUCAAAGCUGUAUACGCGCCUGCUCCAAUCUACAUGGAACGAAAAUGGCCAGGGUCUUUAUUGCAGAGUAACUUUAAUGGCGGCAAAGACAGUAGUAUCGGAGGCUCAUCGUCAUCUGUACUCAAUCACGAGCAGGAUUUUCUAGAGAGCACUUGGUACUGGAAUGCUAAGUGGCCUAUGGAAAUAUAUGAGAGAUGGAUAGGGGUUGCUACAAGCGGGCCGGGCUCUUCAAAGGUACUUGCAUAUCCUGUCGCAUGCUAUGCAGCUAACUAA